AUGAGCCAGGUGUCGGACGAAUCACCUCGCGACUACCUGCAGCAGUUCAAAACGUGUAGGAAUUGGUGCCGCACAAACCUACCGGAGAGGGAAUUUGUCAAGAUGGCCGAAGAAGGGUUGGAAUUCGAAUAUCGGAAGAAAUUUCAGGGGAUUGAAUUCCGGGACAUGCACGACUUGAUGAACAAAGUGGACCGAUACGCAUCCUUGCUGAAAGAAGAGGUGCAGAAGAAGACGGCUUCAAAAGGGACUUACUAUCGGAAUCCCAUUGUCAGCUAUGCCGAAGCAGACAAUCCCGCAGAGGCCGAGGGUGAUGAAGUUGAGAUGAGCUCAGCCGAAGUCAGCAUAGACAAGCCAUUUGUCUGCAAAGGACUUGUCAAGGCCGACAACAGUCGCACCAAGCUUCCCGACGCCAAAUUCGCGACUCGGGAAACAAAGGCCUACACUUUUGAUCUGACCAGGGCCAAGGCAAUCUUUGACUUGUUAUUGUCUGAGAAAAAGGUCAAGUUAUCCUUCGGCCAUAAAAUCCCGAAACCUGAGGAGUUUAAAGGAAAGACGUUCUGCAAAUACCACAGUUCUUGGUCUCACAACACCAACAACUGCGUUGUUUUGCGAGACGUCAUCCAAAAAUUGAUAGACGAGAAGAAGCUCCAGUUCCCGGAGAAGAUGGCCAUGCAGGUCGACUCCAAGCCCUUCCCUUCACCUGUCAUCAACAUGGUGAACGCCCAGCUCCGGGCUGAAUAUAGGGAGGAACGCUAA